ACCCAACGCCAUUUCCGGAAGCCACUGUCAGCUGCUCGGGCUGGUGUUUAUAUGUAGCUUAAUGGCUAAAGCUGUGUGUUAGUGGGUUCUUUACACGGCUGGUGUUGUUUUUGAAAAUAGUUGGAAAGUAGUUCUUUGUAAAUCUAUAGACUGUAAAGUUAAAAAUGAAGUCUGUGUUUCUCCUCGAGGCAUUCUCUGUCGCUUGUUUUGUGCUUUUAAACCAAGUGACAGCUAAGAAUUCGGAAGACAUCCGCUGUAAAUGCAUCUGUCCGCCAUACAGAGACAUCGAGGGUCAAAUCUACAAACAAAAUGUCUCUCUUAAAGACUGUAACUGUCUCCAUGUGGUUGAACCGAUGCCGGUCGAUGGAAAAGAUGUGGAGGCCUACUGUUUACGCUGCGAGUGUAAAUUUGAAGAGAGGAGCUCGGCGACCAUUAAGGUUACCAUCAUAAUGUACCUCUCCAUUCUGGGCCUGCUACUGCUGUACAUGGUCUACCUGACGCUCCUGGAGCCCAUGUUGAAGAGGCGUCUGUUUGGACAUUCACAGCUUAUCCAAAGUGAUGAUGAUGUUGGGGACCAGCAGCCUUUUGCCAACGCUCACAACGUUCUGUCGCAUUCACACUCUCGACCGAACAUGCUGAACAAAGUGGAGCAUGCCCAGCAGCGCUGGAGGAGGCAGGUCCAGGAGCAGAGGAAGUCUGUGUUCGACCGUCAUGUCGUUCUCAGUUAGACUGCCUCUGGGAGCGAGAGCUACAGGUGGAGCGAAAAAACAAAUCACUGUGACAGAGCCCUCAGUUCAUAUCCCCUCCUAACUGUCCAUCCGUGGUUUGUAUCUCACACAGCGGGCGCUUCCCAGGUGAACAGGGGGAGGAGAUGUGGAUGUGUAGAGCAGAGGUCCCUGUUAAAUGUACGAUUCAAAGCUGGGAACUCUUUAGUCUGCGGGCAGCACAAGAGAUCACAGUGACUCCCUUUUUUGCACAAUCUUUAAAAAACAGUCUUAAAGAGCCUUUUUCCAAAAGCAGAAUUUACUCUCUGCCUGCUGUCCGGUUUGAAGAAGUGCUAAGGACUUGAUGGGAGCGACUAAUAAAUGUGAGAUCAAAUUAAAUCUUUCAGGUGGAUAUUUUGUAGCAUUCUCUAAGGCCAUCGUGUCAUUUGGGGUCCCCUCAGUCCAAAGCUAGCAAGGCUUUCAUAUUUUAAAGCAUUUUUUGGCUUUCAGGCUAAAACAUCCUGGUUAACUGGAUAACGAGAGCAGCCCUCUGGCUGCAGUCAUGACCUGUUGUAGCUGGUUGGUACUUUCCACACUUAAAACUAAUAUCACUUCGAAACCACUGCUUGCACCACUUGAGGAAGGAAAAACUGUACAAAAUAAAUCUUUCAGCCUUCUUUGAAAAUGCACGUUUUAUAAUAAAUCUUUUAUAAAUGCGUUUUGAAUCCUUCAUUCCUACCAUUGUGUGUAAUGUGUGAUAGCUGGUGUGAAAUUCAUCAUAUAACACAUAACACUAUAUUUGUCAUCUAAAAGUAGUGGCACUGAACCGUGUUGCAAGAAUCGAUGCAAUCUCUUGGUGAUGUCAUAGUAAUCGUAGCUGUGCUUCUGAUCCUCGUCUGACACUCUUGAAUUCUUUGAUUUCUUCAACUGUCUAAACAAAUCUAAUGAGUAGUCAUAUAUAUUUGGGCUGUUCUACGUGUUUGGUAUAACAUCCGUUCCAUUACGAUGGUCUUGUCUAUCAGGCAGCAUUAGUAUGACUGGUGUUAUUCUGAGUGAACGGGAGGUCAUUGUGUGGAGACCGCUGGAAGUGUUCUUGACUAUUGUAUAUGUUCUAUCUUUAACUUUCAAAUAAAUUGAUGUAAUACUUGA